CCUCUGCACUACGGUCUGUAGUAGCCGUUGACGGCUCUUGUAGUGACGGAUCAAGUUCUCCUGUAAUAUUUUUAUUUUGUUUUGUGGAAAAAGAAAAAGGAGUACAAGUAAGCCGCUUUAUACACGUCAAUCUCCAGUAUCCCCUCUCUGGUUUUAUAAUAUAAAUCAAUUUGUAGUUUCAGCUAGCAAGCUAGGGUAAACGUUACUUUCUAGCACCAGCGUGAGCAAUAAGCUAGUGUAGUGAGCUAACGUGAUUACAUUAUUCUUCCGUACAACCUCGAGACAAGUCGGGACAAGACCAGUCUCAGGGCUCACCAUACUCAAUGAGCGGACAGCGCAAUGUCAGAGCGCUCUGGGCAAACUGCAAAGGGGAAGGAUGGCAAAUCCAAGUAUGCGUCUCUCAACCUGUUUGAUACCUACAAAGGAAAGAGCCUUGAAGCACAAAAGCCUGUUGUUCCCCCCCGCCAUGGCCUUCAGUCUCUUGGUAAAGUUGCCUCUGCGCGGCGCAUGCCACCCCCUGCCAGCCUGCCCAGUCUGAAGGCAGAGAACAAAGGCAACGAUCCCAACGUCUCGCUCGUUCCCAAAGACGGCACAGGAUGGGCAAGCAAGCAGGAACCAGCAGACCCAAAGAGUACCGAUGUAUUGUCAGCACCGCAGCUGGAGUCGCAGCAGCCUGUGGUUUCACAGACGCCUGCACCRACCCGCCCGAGAACCCCGCCAGCUCCAGAGGUUCCACCUCCGGUUCCGGCCACGGUUUCAGCCCAGGCCGCAGGGGUAAGGUCCUGGGCUCAGGCCAGUGUUACACUUGGAGCACAAGGAGAUGGUGGAAAGGGAUCAAACCAACGGUCGCCAUUCUCUCGCGAGGAAUUUCCCACCCUGCAGGCGGCUGGCGACCAGGACAAAGCUGGCAGGGAACAGGGCACUGCAGAUCAGUUGUAUGGGCCCGGACCAAGCCUCCGCCCCCCGAACAUGACGAGCUGGCGGGACGGUGGGGGCCGUGCCCUGGCGCCCACCGGAGAGGGGGUCGCAGAGGGUGGCCCGGGCGGGGUGCUGGCGAUGGAAGGGGCGGCCGGUGGUGGCCAGGCAGGCCCCCCUCCUCUCCAGCAGCAGCAAAACCCCCAGUCCCAUGGGCUGCCUAGGAAUCCCCCCGCCGGCAGCCCUGGCCUGCCCCAGCCCCCCAUGGGCCCUGGGUUCCCCCAGUACAGAGGGAUUAUGCCUCCAUUCAUGUACCCUCCCUUUCUGCCCUUCCCRCCUCCCUACGGCCCCCAGGGGCCCUACAGGUACCCCCCUCCUGGUGAGGCCCCUCCCAGGUUUCGCCAGCAGGGUCAGGACGGCCGCGGGCGUCCCCAGGGCGGUCCCCGUGGUGGGGGAGGCGAGAUGGUGAAGCGACCCUCCAUUCUGAAGCAGGAUGACCUGAAGGAGCUAGAUGAACUAGACCACCAGGACGGAGACGAGGGCUGGGCAGGGGCACACGAGGAGAUCGACUACUCGGCCAAGUUGAAGUUUAGCGACGAUGAAGGAGAGGAAGAUGAGGAGCGGACCGAGAGACCCGAGAGGAGUGAAAGAAGCGAGAGCAAGAACGGCUCACGGGAGAUGCAAAGGUCUCAGGAAGGUCCCCCCCAGGUGGUGCAGCGCUCCCGAGUCUCUGACAGCGGAGUGGACAGGGACACCCGCCGCACCCCUCCCUCCAACGCCGACCACGACGGCCCCCCACCCCCCUCCAGCAAGCCAGGAUGGGCCGAGGAGGGGGGCAAGAGCGGCCGGGGGAGCCAAGGCGCCCAUGCCACCUACCAGGGGCGUAGGCCUGGACUGGGUGGGACCGCAACUCCCCUAAUCAGUCCAGCCCGGUGGUAGCCCCUGAAACUGUCUCUGCCUCCCUGGCCCCCGGGAAGGCUGCCCCCCCCUCGCAGCUCCAACAGCAACAGGCUACUUCCCCCGUCCCCGGAGGCCCCACCCCUCCACCUCAGACGACUGGCCUGCUGGCCCCGCCCCCCGGCGAAGAUGAAGAGGAGACAUGGCGCCAGCGCAGGAAGCAGUCCUCCUCGGAGAUCUCGGCCGCUGUUGAACGCGCCCGCCGGCGCCGCGAGGAGGAGGAGCGAAGGAUGGAGGAAGAGCGGCGUGCUGCCUGCGCUGAGAAGCUGAAGAGGCUGGAUGAGAAGGCCCAGCAGGGUGGUGGUGGGAGCAGUGGAGGCUCCAAGCCCCCCAGUCUGGACGGCAACUCCACCACGGCCGGAAGCCCCAGCCCUUCCCUGUCGGCCUCAGCCUCCUCCCCCAACAUCAGCCAGCCMCCGUCCCCCUGCGUGGACCUUGAGGAGCCCCCCCUGGCUGCCCAGGCUGUUACCAGGGACCUAGUGCCAGGGCCCAGUCCCACCGACAGACAGAGGGCCAAUAGCAAUAGCAGCUAUGACUCCAAUGCUGACGCCCAGGUGUGUCCCCAGCCAGCCACUCCCCAGCUGCAGCAGCCCCCUCUGGAUGUCCUGGUGCCUGGGGAAGGGAAGGAGGAAAUCCUAGAUAGURCUCACGUCCGCAGCGGAGGAGGUGGUGGUGGAGGAGUGGUAGACCCAGUGAAGGUAGAAAGCAUGGGAGGAGGAGCAAGUCGCCAAGCCAGCGGCCCCCCGGGACAGGGCUACUCCAAGUACCAGAAGUCCCUGCCUCCCCGCUUCCAGAGACAGCAACAGGAGCAGCUGAUGAAGCAGCAGCAGCAGUGGCAGCAGCAGCACAGCCAAGCAGCCCAACAGAGCCAGCAGCAGCUCCCACCCCAGCAGCCUCAGCAGGCCCCCCAGCAGCAGGGCCCUUCUCCGGGGGCCACCACUCAGACCCAGGGUCCCAAGCAGCAGCAGUCAGGGUCCCUUCAGUACCCUCCACAGGGCUCCAUGGGCCGCGGCCCCCAGCCCUUGCCCAUGAACUUUGACCCGCGCUGGAUGAUGAUGCCCUAUAUGGACCCCCGGAUGAUGCAGGGGGGCAUGCAGGGUCGACCUCCAGGGCCCAUGGACUACUACCCGCCCAACAUGCAACAUGCAGGGAUGAUGGGGCGAGAGCGCUCCGAUUCAGGGGGCUCUGGUUCGGACACCUUCGACAGGCAGCAGCACCCGGGACACCCCAACCGUGGGACACCUCCCAUGGAUCCCAAACUGGCCUGGGGGCCUGAGGUGUUCCCUGGGGGCAGCGAAGGCAGGGGACUGAGCUCCCCUCUGACACAGAAGCAGGCACUGGAAGAGGAUGAUGUCAGUGGCAAAGGGCCUAAGAGUGACACCCCUCCAGUCCGUGGUAUGCGAGAGGGAGUGCCAGGCCCCAUCCAGCAGCCCAACUCUGUUUUGGGCUCCUCCAACCAGACCCCACCCCCUUUGGGCACUCUGGUGGGGGGCCAGGSAGGAGGCAGCCACCACCACCACCAGUCCUACAUGGGUGGCCGGGGCAACUACAGCAACUUUCCCGACCAGGGCUCCCGCAUGGCCCUACACCAGCAGCAGCAGAGGGGGAGUGGUGGAGGCUUCAGCCACCAGGAUGASGGCCAGGGCCACAAGGGUGGCCAGCAACAGGGACAGAUCUGGGGGGUCUCCCACCCCCACUACGACCGCAAUGGGCGCACUGACCUCUCCCCCCUGGAGAAUAACAACCUACACCACCCUCAACACCAACAACACCAUGGUCAUCAACAACACCAAGGCCCCUCCCACUUUCCCCUCCAYCCCCACAAGCCCGAGAAUGGCCGCGGUGAGAGAGGAGGCGAAGCCCCCAAGAAGGUUGACCCCUCGCCCCCACUCCAACAGCCAUCCCUCUCCUCCUGCUCMUCCUCCUCCUCGUCAUCCUCAGCCAGGGACGACGGCAGCGUCAAGGCGGUCCUGCAUCUCCUCCCACCUCAGCGCAAGGCUGACACAGGAACCGGGCAGAGACAUGAUGCAGGAAGCAGCAGAGAGAUGAAGCAGGAUAAGAUGGGCCACAGCCACUCUCAGUCCUCUGUGACGUCUCAGCAGUCCCAGCAGCAGCCCCAACAGCAACAGCAGCAGAGGCAGGGCCAGGAGCAGCACCACCACCGUGAUCCCAAGCCCAACCAGCGGGAGCGAGGGGGGAGRGAACACAAGACUGAGACCCAGUGGGGGCCACGGCCCGGCAGCAGCAAUGCAGGAAGCACCUCACACAACAGGAGAGGAGUGGGCGGAAACAACCGCGGCGGGGAGGAUUCAUCCAAUCACCCAACAGCGUCUGACCACAACAAACCUUCCGGCGGCCAAUCGGGUGGCAGCAACACCAACAAGAGGGCAGGGCCUAUCAAGAGGCCUGUGCUGAAGGAGAUGAAAAGAGAGGGUGGGGAGGGCGAGGGAGGAGAAAAGACCAGCGGAGGAGGCUCUGGAAAAGACAAAGACGGAGGCAAUUCAUCAGUCAAGCAGGAAACAUCCUCCGGCCCACAGAGCUCCUCUGCAGUGUCUGGUAAAGAAGAGCCAGCUCAGACCGGUCCCAAACCCAGAAACGGAUGGAAGGACCGAGCGGCGAACGAACGAGGAGGAGUGGGCAAGGGUCCCAAAGACGGUGUCAACCCCACCCCCUCAUCAGGGUACUCCGGCCCCCCRUCCAAUAGGCGGGACAGAGAGCGCUCGUUGGAGAGGAGCGGGGGYGCAUCAUACCACGGUGGCUCGGCCCGUGGUAGCAGAGCCAGCCGWGGACGAGGUGGCGAGUUCUACGGGCGUGGCCGUGGUUACCGGGGCACUUACACGGGCACGGCCGGGAGUGGCAGCGUUAGCCGUGGCAGGGCAGCAGGCAGCAGGAGCAGCCGAGACUACCGAGCUGGCGGAGGCUACCACCAAGAAUUCAAUGACGAGGCAUCGGGGGCAAGGCGCAACCGAGGGGGGUCGCAAGCCAACCCGGGGCGYGCCCGUAACCACAGCGAGACCCGCAGCGAGGGUUCAGAAUACGAGGAGGUCCCCAAGAGGAGGAGGCAGAGRGGGUCGGAGACUGGCAGUGAGAGUGCCGCCAGCGACCUGGCCCAGUCGGACAAGGAAGACCGCAAAUCCAGCACCAAGAAUGGCAGCGGCACAGAUAACUUUACCAGUGGCGGCUCCGCCCCAUCCAGAGGCUCCCAGGCCCGGGUGUUCACCCCCAGAGGGGUGCCCUCUAGGAGGGGUAGGGGGGGCGGCGGCGGGGGAGGAGGUGGCAGCAUCUAUAGAAGUGGUGGAGGCGGAGGAGGAAUGGCUGGCGGUCACAGGUCAGGAUCCAGGGCYGACCCUCAAGGCUGGGCCUCCAAGUCCUCAGGCUCGGUCCGCAAGCAGCAGGGCCCAAUGCAGUCGUCUGCACCCAAAGAAACGGGUCGUGGAACCAGUGGGGAGGAGAAGUCAGUGGACGGAAGCCAAGCUCAGAAUCAGGGAGGAACAACCCCUCCACAAUCUAUCCUUGCUGCACCUACUCCAGCCCCACAGGGCUCCAUGGAGAAUGGAGGAGUUGGGACCCAGCAGUCCACGGCUAAUCCAACUACCAACUCCAGCGGGCCCCUUCCUCUCUCCGGCCCGGACGGGCGUGACUUCCCUUGCGUCCCCCGGGAUGGCUUUGAGCGCCCCCCGAGACGMCGUCGCCACGGGCGCUCCCAACACCAACAGGACAAGCCACCGCGCUUCCGCAGGCUGAAGGAGCGAGAGAACGCCGCUCGCAUCAACGGAGGAGGCCGACCCUCCUCGCCCUGCCAGAAUUACAUUCAGGAUGUCACCGACGGCGCUCACAAAGCGGUGCCCUUGACCGGCACUGCCCCCAACGCUAACCACAUUGCUACCACAGCUACCAACAACAACAGCAGUACCGGCGCCCAUCUUGGAAGCGCUAACGCCAACAGUCACCACCAUCACUACAACCAGGGCAACUCUGGCCCUGCCCACCCUCAGCAUCACCACAACCCAGCAGGAGGCGCCAAAUCCCCUGACUUCUCCAACCAGAACUCAGACCAGGCCAAUGAGGAGUGGGAGACCGCCUCCGAGAGCAGUGACUUCACCGAGUUCCGGGAGAGGGAGGGAGGAGGAGGGAAGUCCUAUUCCUCCCAUCACCAUCAUCACCCACCCGGAAGAGGAGGUGGAGGUGGGGGAGGAGGAGGGGUCGGAGAACGAGAGAUGACUGCGAAGGAGCAGGCGGCAAACAARAGAAGCUUCUCUAGCCAGCGUCCCGGCAUGGAGCGACAGAACAGGAGGGUCAACGCUGGAGGAAGAGAGGGAGGAGGGGGAGGAAGAGGCCCGCGGGGCCCGCCCAGUGGGGGAGGAGGCGGAGCUGGAAACGGAGGGGGCCAACGCGGUGAGCGCCGUGGAAACUGGCCCUCCCCCAAAAACAGGAAGUGAAGGAGAAGAUCUGAAAACAUUUCAAAUGCAUCCCCCCGCCCCACCCCUCUUCUUUAUCCCUUUCUGUAUCUAUUGUUCCUUCAGCCUCUUAUCUGUUCUCAUCCCUUAACAUAUUAGCACAUAGUUAUGGAGACAGUGUACACACUCACGUUUAAACCCCCCCCCCCCCCCYCGCUUCUUUCUCCAUCCAAUUGCUAUCUACCGUCCGUUAUUGUAGUGUCAYUCUGCUCCCUCCCUUUUCAGUUGUACCCCCCCCACCCUUCAGAAUUCCACCCAAAUUUAGGUUUGAUUAGACACCCUURUUCGUUUCGAACACACACCUCUUUUGACUGAGGACACAACGACAACAAAAAACACGUUUGCAUUUACAAGCACAAUAUGACAUAACAGACAUACACAACCACGCGCAGUAGUGUGUGUACGCAGUGUGACAUGUCAUGAUAAAACACGUUGGAGGAAUUGGCUAGCCAGGAGAAGGCAGAUUUUUAUAUUGAUGUUACCUGUGUAUAUUUCUACCACGCUUUUGGUUGGGGUGGUAUUCGGUAGGGCAGUUAUCUUCAUUAUAUUUUCCCACAUGGGGUGGGGGGGUUCAGGUUCUUCUUUCAACGAGAACAAUUGUACCAUAGAUUAUAAUAAAAAUUCUCUACCUUGUUUUUUCCCUUCCUUUGUCAGUUUUGUUUCCCCCCCCACCCUUUAAAAAGUUAGGUAUGUGUAUUUUUUUCUUCUGCAAAGCAGGUCAUUAAAAUACCUUUUUAUACAACUCC